CUAUAUAGAAUAUGCGUUUAUGCCUAUAUGUAAUACUAUUUAACGAUAUCCUUAAGUUAGGUUAUAUUUUCAAAUAUUAACAGGAAGACAAUAUAAUGUCUAGAAAAAAACAUAAUGUUUCAUAUGUUAAACCGAAUGAACCAAAAUUUUUACGUGAAUUAAAAGAACAAAUCGGAUAUAAGGAAGGACCUACAAUUGAUACAAAGAGAGAAAUAUUACCACAAGAUUCAGAUAAUGAUGAAGAAGAACGUGAAGAAGAGAAACCUGUUGUAGUUGUAUUAAAUUCUGAACAUUUAACUGCAAAACAAGCAGAAGCAUAUAAGAAAAAAAAAGAACAAGAAGAGGCUAAUGCUCCUGCAGAUUUAUCUAAAAGAAUUAUAUUUAGAAAAAACAAAAUAACAGAAGCAGAAUUAGAAACAACAGAUAAACCAGUAAAAAAGAAAAUAAAGAAAACAAAACAAGAAAAACUUAUAUUAUCUUUCAAUGAAAAUGAUGAUGAUAAUUUAUAAUGUUUAUGUAUAUUAAAUAUUUUUAUAAUUAAAUUAAUUAUAUAUAAAACAU